GCAGGGAGAGGCGGAGGAGGAACAGGCAGAGAGAGAGAGCCCAGCCCUUCAAUGCUCGGCAGCGAACGGCAAGAACCAGAGGCGCAACGUUUGGCUGAUUUAUUCCAUUUUUUUUAUAUUUAUUUUUUUGGGAAGGGGUUACAAAGACAACGACGCUGCGGACAUGAACUGAACAGAAGAGGCAAGCACCACCGUGCUGCAAUCUCCCGAAUAUCCACAGCACACCGCCCCCUUCCUCCUCCUUGUCCUCUCCCAUAAGCCCUCCUUUCUCCUCUUACCCCACAUUACAGCGAUACACACCCAACACCCCCCUCCUCCGCCCCCUGCCCCUCCACACGGAGAUGCACACGGAGAGCCGACACAAGAAAAGGAGGAGCGGUGCCCAAAAGAAGAAGAAGAAGCCGUCGGUCACCGCGCUGACGCAGGAGGCCACGCCGCCCUCGCCGGCCAAGGAGGAAGAAGAGGAAGAGGAGGCGCCAGACAUGCCCUCAGUCCAGAUCAAAGCUGAGCCAGAGGAGAUGGAGUGCACGGCCGACGUCGGUGACGAGCGUUCGCACCAAACCAACCCCGACGCGUGGAGCUGCAAGGCCGAGCCGCGCUCGCCGAGCCAGUGCCCGGCCGAGGACCAGACGGAACCGGUGGACCUGUCUCUCCACAAGCCUCGUUCGUCCUCGCUGCCCCCCGCCGCCACUGUCAACGUGCCCGUCAACCCCGCGCCGGGAAGCGGCCUGGCGCAGCCCGGACUCACGGCCACGCCCGUCACCUCCAACGUCCAGUCCAUCGGAUCCAUGGUUCUAUCGCCGGGCUCCAUUUUGGCCACGCAGGGCGCGGGCGGCCAGCAGAUCUUGCACGUCAUCCACACAAUCCCGUCGGUCAGCAUGCCCAGCAAGGUGGGGCAGCUGCAGACCAUCCCCGUGGUGGUGCAGUCCUUACCUGUGGUCUACACCGCCGUGCCCGCCGACGGCGUCGCCGCCGCCACCGCGGCCAUCACCGUGCCGCUCAUCGGCAGCGACGGACGCUCGGAAGGCUCCGUGCGCAUUAAGCCCGGUUCAACCUCUCCGGUGGAAUAUCACAGCGACAGCGACGCAGAGAGCGGGACCGAAUCUGGAUCGGCGUCACUCAGCGCCCAGAGCCUCGACGCAGGAUCGGUGUUGGACUUGGAGCCUGCAGACCCCGACUCCCCGGACGUGAAGAGGCGGCGGAUCCAUAUGUGCGACUACGAAGGCUGCAAAAAAGUCUACACCAAGAGCUCGCACCUCAAAGCUCACCGACGGAUACACACAGGCGAGAAGCCGUACCAUUGCACCUGGGAGGGCUGCACCUGGCGUUUCGCCCGCUCCGACGAGCUGACUCGGCACUUCCGCAAGCACACGGGCAUCAAGCCCUUCCGCUGCACCGAGUGCGACCGCUCCUUCUCGCGCUCCGACCACCUGUCCCUGCACCGCCGCCGCCACGUCAUGAUGUGAACUCUUUUCGGCCAUUUGGGCGUCAUUUCCCUUUUUUGCCGACAAAACAAACUGCGCUACUACAGUUCAGCGGCUCAUCUUCUGCAGGUAUACCAGGCAUUCGUGGAGGUUGGCGAUUUUUCACCCCGCUCAUCCGUCCGUCCUUGUAUCCAGACAUUUUUUUUUUUUUUGCGUUACAUUGGGAUUUCUCCUCCUUGCUCGCUUGGGAUGCAGCGUUUCAUUUGAAAGACUUCCGGACAUUUCUCUUGGAUUUUCUUUUGUGGUAGGGAAUGCACAGUCCUUGAAAAUGCAUUUCUCGCCGCAGCACAGGUGAUGAAAGAGGCGUUUCCUUCUUGGGGUGCGGCAUUUAAUUUUUAGGAUCCAAGUAGACGCCUGGACAAGCCGACUUGUCUUUCCGCCAUUUUUUUUUUCUUCAUAACAAGACCGCCCAACUUAUUUAAUGCAUUUAUCAAGCUGUCUCGCGGCAGCGCAGGAGAUGUAAAACAUUUUUUUUUUCAGCGUGGGUUGCGGCAUUUCAUUUUUGGGGGUAAAAUUUGACAUCCGGACGACCAGGUGUAUGGUUUUUAUUGCUGUUGGACCGUCUGACCCUCCGAAUGGAUUUGUCAAGCUGUUUCAAUGCAGCACAGGAGAGACAAUGAUUUCAUCUUCGGGAUGCGGUGUUGAAUUUUUCAAUCUUAAAAGUUGACAAGCACAGAUGAGCACAUUUUAUCGAUUUUCCUGAAACGUAUCCGGUGGGACUUCCCCGUCCUGUUUGCAAAUUUGGUGUGAGGCUGCUUCACUGCGCUCCAUCUUAUGGAAGACAUUCGUGGCAUUCUCAUGGCGCGCCAUUUACUUUUAGAUGUCCGGAGAAUUACAUUUCUUCAUUUUCUAGUGGCUUUUUUUUUUGUAAUCCGACUUCCUAAGCGUGUUCAUUUAUUUGUCAAGCUGUUUCACUGCAGCACAAGCGACACGACGCGUUUUUCAUCCAUGGGGCGUGGCGCUUGAAUUUUUACGAUCAAAAAUAGACUUCCAGACAACUGCAUUUCUCAUGGAUGUCAUUCCAUUUUCCAUUACAAUCCCAACUCGCAACCCUGUGAGUUUAUUUCCUGCAUUUGAGUCUGCCGAGCUUUUUUUUUUUUUUUUUCUCUCGGGUGCGGCGUUUAAUUAUGCCAUCUGAAAGCAGAUGUCAAAAAAAUCCCCUUUAUCUAUUCGGCACACUAUGAAAACUGUGAACUUUUCAAACAAUUUUCACGUCGCCUACUUUUUGCAUAUCCUCCCGCGCACACUUAAUUAUCAUAAAAAAACAAAAACAGUAUUUGUGUGUUAUUUCUCUCUCCCUUGUGACAGAAUUGGCUCUUUUUAUCUUUUUAGUCGAUUUUUGGCCGUCUUUUAAACGCUGUGAAUUAGUGGUCGGCGGAGAAGUGAAAAUUCUCUCACAGGGAAAUUUGGGAGCUUUUUUCGCGCUUUGCCAAACGGUCAUGCAUGUUUUUUUUUCCAUGUGUUCGUGCGCGUUUAUCUUUUGCGACAAACACGUUUUGGUUUGUGGUUUUUUUCCUAUUUAACGAGCGUCUUUUUCGGGCAUUCGGACCUCCUGCCCGUUGAGCCUUAAGAACCGAAGUUGACCGAUUAUCGAAUAAAACAUCGUCAGAGAUUCUCUUUGUUGCGAGAUUUUAAGUAAAGUACAAUCAAGUGGGCUGCGAUGUUUCUCAUGCUUCCUUUGAAGAAAUUUUCGCACCUUAUAAAUAAUAAUAAUAAUUCUCCUGUCUGGGUUUUCUCAAACGCAGCACAAGCCUCCGCUGACCGAAUAAAAUGUCCCCCGAGAUGCUCUUGGAGGUGGCAACAUUUUUUCGGAAAGUAAAAACAGCUUGUGCUGCAUUUAAAAAAAAAAAGGGAAAUUUCCAAUCUGCGAUCAAAAAAUAUGGUGAAAUUUCCCACUUUUGUUGAACGCAGCUUCAGCAAAAAACAAACAAACAAAAAAAAAAACACCUCAGACCCUCCAGACUUCUGUCUUAACAUGAAAAAAUAUUCAAUUUUUUUUUUCCCCCUGAAGGUACUUUAACGUCAGUUCCAAAACACGUGAGCAAAACAUUACAUGCAUUUCGAGUACCGUUCUUACCGACUUUGACGAAAACAAACAAAACAAAACAAAAAAACGAUCCGAACCAAUUCUCGUUCGGAGGGAUUUUUGUUGGCAUAUUUUUAUUUAUUUUUUUGCUUGAUCUGACGACCACAGAAACAUUGAAAAAGCACAUCUUUGUAGAAGAAUUUAUGCAUUAUUUUGUAAACAUUACGGAUAAUGACAACAACAAAAGAAAUAAUAGUUAAAAAAAUAGAAAUCCAUGUACAUAAAUGUAUAUAAUCAAAAAGUAAACGUAACGGGUGAAGUUCUAUUUUUAACACUGACUAGAUAAUGUGAACCGCCUCCCUCCCUCUUCUUCUACUUUGUUGGUUUUCUUCUUUUGACACCUUUUUUUGCUUGUAGUUUCUUACAAAUGAUAAAAAAUAAUAAGAAUACUAUUGGUCCCACUUGUGUUGUGCAUACUUGCGUUGCAUGGAGAGUCGGCCUCUUGUUUUCCGAUAGUGACCUUGGUGAGCAUGUCACUGUGCGCACUAGUGUGUGUGUGUGUGUGUGAGAACUAGUGUGACUUUUUGUAGGGGUGAAAAAUGAGUCAAUUAUAGAAAUAAGAGUUUGUUAUGAUCCAUUCCGCACAAAACCUUUAAGAAAAAAAAAGUCGCGUGUUGAUACCUAUGUUUGUUAUAGCGACAACAAGCCAGUGGUUAUUACUUUGACAAUUUUGUGUACCAAAUUAUGUUCGUUUUGUUUUCUCCCAUUUUUCAAAAACAAGAAAAAACACAUUUUAACAAUUGACUACAUGGGUGCUACAUGCUAAAAUGUUAGCAUCUAGCCAACAUUUGUCAUUUUCUGAGUUACACAAAUUUCCACAAUGCUACAUGCUAAGAUGUUAUCAUUCAUCUGUGAAUUAGCCUGGCUUUAUUAUUUUUUUCCCUCAGUUUGUGUUAUAGCGAGGUAACGCUAAUAGUCAGCAUUUUGACUAUUUGGGUUAUGCAUGUAAUGGAACAGAAACACUUUUGAACAACUGCCUAACUAGUGGGGGUGUUACGUGCCAACAUGCUAGCAUAAAACCACACUUGAGCCACAAGGGUUUCAUACAUUUCGUAAAAUAAUUUAUUGCGUUCACAUAACGCUACAUGUGUUUCAAUGAAGCAACACGAGCUUUUAGAAUUUUGACAAUUUCAUGGACCAACAUUGCAUCGAUGACUUAUUUUUUUUUACAUGAAACAAAAACAGAUUACAACCGUUAUGACUCAUGAGCAUGGGUGCUAAGCGCUAAAACGGUAGCAUUCAGCCACAAGUGACAAAAUGAUUCAUUGCGUUGCGUUCAACUGAUGUGUUAGGCUAACAGCUAGCACGGUACAUCAAUCACAUUUUUCACAAAACAAAAAUAAACGUUUCAAGUAUUGGCUACAUGUGUGCUCCCCGCUAGCAGCAUAAUUUCUAUUUAAAAUUC